CCUUAUUCCUUCCUCCCAGCAUUGUUUCUUUUCUCAGUGCUGCCUGCAAAUUGCAUCUGUGAAGACGUGUUGGAGUGUCCUGAAGAGUAGUAUUUGGGCUGGAAAUUUUGCUGUUCAUGAGAAGAUGAAAGAUUUAUUUGAGAUACACGGACACCCUCAUGGCCUUACACAACACACAUUCUAUCCGCCAUUCAAGAUGUGUCCCAAUUCUACCUGCGAUCGCACACGAAAAGGCUUGUUGCUCGGCAAGGCUGAACAGCGCAAGGCGGUCUAUUUUGGCCGCUCUGGUACGGUCCCUGCCUACAGUGUUCAACUGUAUUGUGAAUACGACUUAUCACACAAGCUACAAGGUCACCGGUGACCGACGCAUUUACUAUGAUUACACCACCGCACUGCCAGACAUUGUGCAGAUUGCGGAUCACUACUUUGUUGACUAUGGAGUAGUGAGGUUAUGGAAGGCCAUGAUGCACGCUUCCUGUACAUCAGCAACCAACUGCGCACACAUUUAUAACAUCGCCCUUGCGAAUGUGGAGUCCACGCAGUUCCCAGGCACAAAAUGGUUCAGCAAGGACGUGACUAUGGACCAUGUCUGGAACGCCUUCAUCAUUUGCACACUGCUUGAAGAUUGCCGCGAACGCCAUUGUCUCCUCGACGUCGGUCAGACCAUUAACCAGAACGAGCACUUCAUUGAGGCGAUGUCAGACAGGAACCGACGCAUGCGGGUCUAUAACCAACCGCUUGCUCGUCGGCACUUUUGUGCUAAGUGUACCCGUAUUUACAAUCAUGGUGAUAUUACCAACCAACUGGUCUCUGUCGUUGUGGUGGACGGCGUUGUUGUGAGCCGUCCGUGCUGCUCUGUCCCCAACUGCUGGGUCCAUCUCCAUACUCCUCAAGACCGCUUUUGUUACGUCCACUCUGCCCGCCUUGAGCAAUGUGCAAUCAAAGGCUGUGCACGAUCUGUCGUGUCAGGUAGCCUCACUUGCGACAUCCCCGCACACCAGGAGUCUGAAGCACUGCACACUCUGCGGGGCAAGUCUCAAUUCCGUCUACAUGAAUGCCUCGAGCGUUCACGGGCUAUCCACGGGCGUCUUGCAAAUGUCCAGGUCGGAGACGACAACGAUGGAACGCAAGCGAUUGGAGAGGAGGAGUAUGACGUGAAAUUAGGAAAGAAGAAGAGACUUCGCGCGCAGUUCACCCGCAACUAUACUCAUUGUGAGGAGUUGAUUGUUGCGCCUUGCGGAAUGAUUUAUGCUCAUGAGACUAUGCACAAUGCUGAGGGAGUAGGGAGUGUUGCUGAAUUUAUUUGCCGUGUCUUCCGGGACCCAGAGACGCGCCCAACACAUGUGUUUUUUGAUAAUAACUGCCAACUCGCGCUGCACGUCCAGAAUGACCCAUUCUUUCAAGACAUCGGCCUUUCCGUCGACGUCUUCCACUUUGAGUGCAAACAUUCAAGGCGCCCACCCCUUCAUUGA